AAUCUGCCGCUGUAGAAAUCGAAGCUCUGAAGAAGAGAGAAUCGGAGAUUUUUUUUGGGAGAGACGAAGAAAAAUGAAGAAGUGCGAGCUGUGUGGGCAGCAAGCGAGGAUGUUCUGCGAGUCGGAUCAAGCGAACCUGUGUUGGGACUGCGAUGAGAAGGUUCACUGUGCAAAUUUCCUUGUCGCGAAGCAUUCUCGAAGCCUUCUCUGCCAUGUGUGUCAGUCGCCGACUCCAUGGACGGCCUCUGGUCGGAAGCUCACGCCGACUGUUUCGGUGUGCGAGGGAUGCGUCGAAGUCCAUGGAGGUAAAUGCGAGCAAGGUGCGUACCAAGAGAGGCGUAGAGAUAACGAGGAUGUAGUUGAUGACGGUGAUGAUUUGGAGGAUGGUGAAGGUUUUGAGAGUUAUGAGGGAGGUGAUAGUGAGGAAGACGAUGAGGAGGAGGAGGAGGAAGAGGAGGAGGAGGGGGAGGAGGAAGAGGAUGAGGACGGAGAAAACCAGGUGGUGCCGUGGUCUUACGCAUCUUAUUCGUCGCCACCACCGCCUCCGACAGUGACCUCUAGCAGCGAGGGCGAGGUUUCAGCCGGCGCUGGUGUGACAUCGAAGCGUAUGAGAGAUUACGGCGUGGAUCUCGAUUCUGAUGACGAAAUCGAGAGUUCUUCUGCGCGACAGGGAACCAGGCCAUUUUUCAACGACGAAGCGACUUCCUCGAGUUCCCUCAGGCCACUGAAGCAAGCCAGAGUUACAGGACGUAGCCAAUCAGCCAGCACCAUCCCAGAUGAUGCAGCUUGUAAACCAGAGUUAGAAUCCACGGCUGUGGUUAGAUCGAUCCAGAGACUCCAGAGUCGUCUGCCUAGCGACAUUAACGAUGCUUCCAAAGUCAUUUUCGGGAUAUGCAAAAUGAGCAGAGAUCAGAAUCGUUGAUCCUUCACUAACCACACGACGGGAGGUAGCUAGAUUUUUAAUUUUUUUUUUCUCCUAUUUUUUUCUUUCGGGUUUUUUUUUUCUCUUUUUCAUUUUUCUCACUGAUUAUCUGUCACCGAUUAAUUCAAGGAUUAUACUGUUUGCUCAACUGUGUACAACCUUGAAUUUCCCCUCCUUUAUUUUCGUUAGAUAAUCUGUCAUGUUUAGCCAGAUAUUGAAUCACCCAACUACAUUCUAUUAACAGAUUGCCCUACACUUGUGAGUGUUUCUCUU